UCCGAGCUCCAACAACCGCUUCCAGAAUCCGAUGCUGGAGCUCCAUCGCCACCAUCGUCAACCCCAAAGAUCACAUAAUGAAGCUUGCUCUUUCCAUCCUCUUCCUCUCUCUCAGCUUCUCCUCUUUUCUUCGUACUGCCACUGCUAGAGGCGGCCUUCACAGUUCCUACCCCCCAGUUAUCGAAUUUGAUCCUCGCGGUGGUUCUGGAAGGCAAUUGUUUGAAGAUAAGGAGUCUCAGAAGCGUGUUGACGUAGCUCAAGGGUACAUGACUAACUCUGACCUGGAACGGGCCAUUAAGGUGUUCGGCCGAAGAUGCAGUAACAUUUCUAGGGUUUACAGUAUUGGGAAGAGUGUGAAUGGGGUUCCUCUGUGGGCAAUAGAAAUUUCUGAUAAGCCUGGGGAGGAAGAGCCUGAACCUGCAUUUAAGUACAUUGGAAAUGUGCACGGAGAUGAACCUGUAGGCCGGGAGCUUCUAAUUCUACUUGCAAAUUGGAUAUGUGACAACUAUUUGAAAGAUCCUUUGGCAACAUCGAUUGUGGACAAUGUGCAUCUUCAUUUGCUGCCGUCUAUGAAUCCUGAUGGGUUUUCAUUAAGGAGGCGGGGUAAUGCAAAUAAUGUUGACCUAAAUCGAGAUUUUCCAGACCAGUUCUUUCCGGUCAAUGAUGAUGAGGAUUGGAGACAACCUGAAACAAGAGCAAUAAUGAAGUGGUUGAGAGAGAUACAAUUUACUGCAUCUGCCAGCUUGCAUGGGGGUGCCCUUGUUGCAAAUUAUCCAUGGGAUGGCACUCAGGAUAAAAGGAGAGAUUAUUAUGCAUGUCCGGACGACGAGACAUUCCGGUUCUUAGCAAGUGUGUAUAGUCGCUCUCACUACAAUAUGUCAUUGAGCAAGGAAUUUGAGGGAGGGAUUACAAAUGGAGCAUUCUGGUACCCUGUAUAUGGAGGCAUGCAAGACUGGAACUACAUAAAUGGUGGCUGUUUCGAAUUAACGUUGGAGAUUAGUGAUAACAAAUGGCCUACUGCUAAUGAGCUUCUCACUCUUUGGGAAUACAACAAAAUGAGCAUGCUUAAUCUCGUUGCAACCGUAGUCAAGAUAGGAGUACGUGGAAGGAUCUUUUCAUCAGAUGGUGGGAGGCCGUUGCCUGGAUUUAUUGCAAUCAAAGGGAUAAAUUCCACGAUUCAAGCUAGCAGAGCAAUUGCGGAUUACCAUCGCUUGCUUUCCCCUGCUGGAAGAUAUGAAGUUACAGCUACUGCGCCUGGGUAUAAAUCAAAGACGACAUGUAUCUGGUUGGAAGAAGCAGGCGCGACGAAUGUAGAUUUUGUUCUCGAUCCUGUAGUCAAUACCAGAGGAAUCCAAGUUCGAAGUGCCUGUGAUUGCAGCUGGGGCAGUAUGGGCAUCAUUUGGGGAAUCCCCUUCGAAGUCUACCUGCUUUUGAUUGUUAUUGUAGGGUUCCUUUUGUUUUUAUACAAGAGGAGGACAUUUAGCCGAUUAAAACAAAGGCAGUUAGUAGGACCAAAAAGGCCAAUUGUGGCGUAAGGAUCGACUUAACUUGUCAUACGGAGUUUUUCUUUCUGUGAGAGUCAAAAUUAAGCCUCAUUCCCUACGUAGAAAGGAACGGGGAUGAUAACGAACAAUGCAACAGUGAAGACGGAAAAGAAUACGUGUACAGCACUUGAGCAACAUCAAGGUCCAGAUCAACUGAUAUCUGUGGAUGAUAACUUUGUAUUGUUUGGAUGUAUUUUCCAUUUCCUCGCGUAGCAAAAAGACUACUUAACUUAAUCAUUUAGGUCCAGAUCAAAUUUGUGCAUCUUUUCCA